GAGAGAGCGAGAGAGAGAGAAUUAGGUAGUCGUGGGACAGAGUGCGGAGGGGCGGUCGGCUCGUGGAAUUCAGCCUUGCAGCUGGAGGAAGAAAGGAGAGGGAAAUGGAGAGAGCCACUGCAGAAUGACGGAAAACGCUGUAUGAUGAGGCUUUGAAAGGGCUAUAGCUGAUAGAUAGAUAGAUAAUUAUGUACAGGUAAUAAAUACACCAGCGUGGUAGGAUAUUUUAUGAUUUAUCAGACUUGAAUUUGCACCGCGUUGGCUUAACCCGUUGUAGCCAGGUGAGAAUAAACAGCUAGGCUACCUCCUCUCCUUAGCAAUAACGGAUUAAAACGGAGACAGAAGAUGGGCUGCGUCUGUGACGCCACCGAUGCCGCCUGGACGCAAUCCGGGGACCGACCGGGAGACGUCGUCGCACUGCCGCCCCACUUUUAGAUGGCGCCCACAUUUGGGGUGCACUCGGAAAACAGGUGUCAGGGAAGUGUCGUCACGAACCCCGGAAGCCGGAGACGUGAGCCGCCUCAGCAGAGAGCAAGAUGGCAGCGAAAUCCGAUGGUCGGGGGGUCGUCCGGGGAUUCGCCCAGCUGCACAACCUGGACGAGGUGGUGGGGACAGGCGAGGGCGACCCGAGGGAAGGCAGCUCCUUCCACAUCUGCCACUGCUGCAACACCUCGUCCUGUUACUGGGGCUGCCGGAGCGCCUGUCUGCAUUACCUCCGCGGCAAGGGGAAGGGGAGAGGUGGGGGAGGAGAAGGGGACGCAGGGCUGGGGCGGCCGCAGCAGGAAGAACGCCUCUGGCUGGACUGUCUGUGGAUCAUCCUGGCCCUGUUCGUGUUCUUCUGGGACGUGGGGACUGACCUGGCGCUGGCCAUCGACUACUACCACAAGCAUGACUACCUCUGGUCCGGACUCACCCUCUUCUUGGUGCUGGUGCCCUCGGUGCUGGUCCAGAUCCUGAGCUUCAGGUGGUUCGUGCAGGAUUACACCGGCGGAGGUCUGGGCUCUGUGGAAGGGCUGAGCAACCGGAGAGCUAGGGCAGGGCUGAGAGCACAGGGAAGGGACAGGUGCUGCUUGUUCUCUGUGUGGCUGUGGCAGACUCUCAUACACAUCUUCCAGAUGGGACAAGUAUGGAGGUACAUCCGUACCAUGUACCUGGGCAUCCAGAGUCGUCGUCAGAAGGAGAACCAGAGGCGGUUCUACUGGGCCAUGAUGUAUGAGUACGCUGACGUCAACAUGCUGCGUCUGCUGGAGACCUUCCUGGAGUCAGCUCCUCAGCUGGUCCUGCAGCUCUGUAUCAUGAUCCAGAGGAACCGGGCCGAGACCUUGCAAUGUAUGUCUGUGCUUGCCUCUCUGCUGUCUCUGUCCUGGGUGCUGGCGUCCUAUCACAAGCUCCUGCGUGACUCCCGUGACGACAAGAAGAGUAUGAGCUACCGUGGGGCCCUGGUACACCUGUUCUGGCGUCUCUUCACCAUCUCUUCCCGGGUCCUCUCCUUCGCCCUGUUCGCCUCCGUGUUCCAUCUCUACUUCGGCAUCUUUGUGGUGCUGCACUGGUGCGCCAUGGCCUUCUGGGUAAUCCACGGUGGGACUGACUUCUGCAUGUCCAAGUGGGAAGAAGUCCUGUUUAACAUGGUUGUGGGCGUGGUCUAUGUGUUCUGCUGGUUCAACGUGCGGGAGGGUCGGACGCGCUACCGUAUGGUCACCUACUACACCGUGGUGCUACUGGAGAACGCCGUGCUCACCGCUCUCUGGUACGCCUACCGCGACCCCGCCACCACCGACGCCUACGCCGGCUCCGCCCUCUGCAGCGUCUUCCUGUGCUUCGCCUCGGGCGUGGCCUGCAUGGUGCUGUAUUACGGGGUGUUGCACCCCAUGGGCCCAGGGCUCCGGGUCCUGGCUUCCUCCUGCUGCGCUGAACUGCUGUGGGGACUCCCCCUGCCCCCUGAGGCCGAACCCAUGGCCCCCACCCCGGGUCCCCGAGGUUCCCAGGCCACCCCGACACGGGCCCUGGCAGGGGACUAUGAAGGAGAGUAUGAAGCGGCUACGGAUACCUGUCUGCCUGUGUUCCAGGUGAGGUCCACAGAGCCGGUGGACGCGGCCGGGAGACCCAUCCGGCCAGAGGGGCCCCUCAUCAAGAUAGACAUGCCCAGAAAGCGCUACCCGGCCUGGGAUGCACACUUUGUGGACCGGCGACUGCGCAGGACCAUAAACGUACUGCAGUACAUCAGCCCCAACGCGGUGGGCAUCAGGUAUAGGGAUGGGCCGCUCCUCUAUGAGUUACUGCAGUACGAGUCCUCUCUCUGAAGGAAAACUCUCCUUCCUUCCUACUCUCUCUCUCUCUCUCUCUCUCUCAUUCUGUUCUUUCUUUCAUUGGAUAUUCUCCUCACAUCUUCAUUUGGUGCUCUUUCGCUUUUUUCUUUACCUUCCCUCAUCCAGUCCCCUGCAGGAACCCUGUGUGUGUGUGCGUGUGUGCGUGUGUGUGUGUGUGUGUGUGUGUGUGUGUGUGUGUGUGUGUUGUGAACUCUACCAAGAAACUGUCAAGAUUACAAUACAAUACAAUACAAUGAUACUUUAUUUUGGGAAAAACAAAACAUGCAGAGAAAAGAUCCAUGUGAUUUCUUAAGUCCUUGGUUAACCCAUUAUCUGUCUGUGUGUCUGUCUGAGUGUGUAAGUCAUGUAUGACUCUAUAACUACGAAGUGUUUUCAUAUACUGUGUUGGUGGUGAUGAUGAUGAUGAUGAUAAUAUUACUUGUGUGUUUUGGGAGGGGGGUAACAUGUUGUUCCUGUCAUGUGACCCGGUGCAAUGCCUGAUGGGAAUGAUGGAGGAGGGUUGAAGCUGUGGCAGUUCUUUGCACCACGACACCCUAAACUAACUGCCGUAUCUUUACACAAUUGAACUCUAAAAAACGGAUGAACGUAGAUGACAGACGAUCAGAACGAAUAAAGAAGCAUCAAGUCCUUACAGUUGAGAAGCACACAGGUAUCAGAUUACAAAGGAACACAUAGGUACAAUUAGACAUUUUAAAAAUGUCUGCACAACGUGCUACUAUGAAUGUAGACCAUCGCCUCCUCAGCCUUGGAAAAUGUGUCUGCUGCGGUUAUCCCUAUAAGCACAGGUCUAGGACCAGCUCUCUCUUCGCCAAUCCUAACUUCAAUUGUUUGAGGGGUGAAACAGGCUAAACUGACCUUGAAUCAGAGCUAAGUUCGACCGAUAGAGUAACAAACAGGGACCUCUGCUGGUAGUAGCCAGUCACAGCGUGCUAGAUGUCGCCUAGCAACGGCAGCGUUUCUCAGCUCCUGUCCUCUGGUCCCACCAACAGUACAUAUUUUGGUUGUGGCCCCGGACAAGCACAACUGAUUCUACUUGUCAACUAAAUCUUCAAGCUUUUGACAAGUUGAAUUAUGUUUUAUUUUUAUUUAUUUUUUGGGGGAAGGGGGAGGGGGGUUUACAACACAAAUGUGUCCUGUUUGGGGGGUACUGGAGGACCCGGAGUUGGGAAACCUUAGUCUAUGGUACAUGCCUGUCUGGCAGUGAAUUCAGUUGAAUCGAGAUGAGACAAGCAUUUAGUUUGGACACUAAUCAUAGCUAUGAAUUUCUCUAGCACAGAAGACAGCACAAUGUUUAGCAGGUGUUUCUGCACUUACAGCACAACAGUUGCCGGGUGAAAAGUGUCUUUCUUUCCAGAAAACCCAGUAAUGACAUUCCAAAGAACUUUGCUUCGUUUUUUUUAAGUUUUUUUAAACAAACAACUAAAUUCUGAAUACGAAUAAGUCAAAUAUGAAAAAUACUUUGAAAUAAGUUUGGACGUCACGAGGGGAGACUGUCGAAAAGCAACAAUCAAACAGCAAGCACACUGUGAUGU